CCUUAACUAGUCCGUUUUGUUUUUGUGUCGCUUCACAACUCAGUGGGAGCAAGUGAAGGCUUCACCAAACACGCAUGCAUCACCUCUCUCUGCACAGUGUGCUGCUGAGCUGUCAUCCACCGCUGUGGAAACGCCAGGCUCCCCUGUGUUGUUAAAGGCUGUCUGCAUACUGAGCCACAGAAGACCCGUCAGACCAUGAACUACGUGGGCCAGUUGGCGGGGCAGGUGUUCGUCCAGGUCAAAGAGCUUUACCGAGGCCUCAACCCGGCCACCCUCUCAGGCUGCAUUGACGUCAUCGUGGUGAAGCAGCCCGAUGGGACUCUUCAGUGCUCACCUUUCCACGUUCGCUUCGGCAAGAUGGGAGUCCUCCGGUCCCGAGAGAAAGUGGUGGACAUGGAGAUCAAUGGAGAACCAGUGGAUCUACAUAUGAAGCUUGGGGACAAUGGAGAAGCGUUCUUUGUGCAAGAAACGGAAAAUGAUCAGGAAGUGGUUCCCUCCUACCUGGCCACCUCUCCGAUCUUGUCGGACGGGUCCAUCCUCAUGAGCUCCUCCCUGCUGGGGAAGAGCUCCGGGCCGCCCAUACAGACCCUGGGCUCUGCCGGCUGCAUGGGAGAGACCGGCGGCGGGAUGAUGAAAAAGAGGAGGAAGAGGAGAAGGAAGGCUCGGGCGGACAGCGUGAGGAGGGAGGAGAGCGGGGACUACUCCGGGGACGAAGACAUGUUCACCAUAGAUAUCAGCUCGGACGAGAUGAUGGAGGUGGAGAGAAACAGGACCCGGGACGUCCUGAGAGACGAGUCAACAGUCGGCUCUUUCAAACAGACCGGCAUCUACACCCGUUCAGAUGGAGAGUGGAGCCCAAUUCAGAGCCCUGGAAACUCUCGUCCCACCUCUCCCAAGAGCGAUUCUGAACUAAUGACCAAGCCGUCAGACAAUCAGAAUCCAGCCAUGCUGUGGGCGUGGGGGGAGCUGCCACAGGCUGCCACGCCGUCCUUCCUGACAGUGAAACCCAACCCUCCACCAGUGUUCCCAGUAUCCAUCCCUGUGACUGAGAGCACGCACUUCCGCGUGAUAAAUCACGAGACGUCCUCGGAGCAGUGUGGACUGAUGACGCCAGAGGAGACGGGUGAUGAAACAGUGGGGAUGGAGUCAGAAUCCAUGAGGACAGAGUCCCAGACAGCUGGAGAUGUGGCAGCUCGUAUGACCUCUGACACGGAGGAGGCCAUGUCUGCUCAUCCAGGCAAGACAGACUCUCCAUCCAAGAGAAAAGACAAGAGAAGCCGCCAUCUUGGCUCUGAUGGAAUUUACCUGGAUGACAUCACAGACCUCGAGCCUGAAGUGGCGGCCCUUUACUUCCCUAAGAGCGACGGCAGUGCAGCGGUGAGGAGCAUCUCAGACCCGGGUCUCCACAGCACCAGUCUGUCUCCACAGUCAAUCAGCUCUGGAGGAGACAGCGGUGUGGACAGCUACUGCGACCACAUGGCCGACAUGCCGUCCAUCACCAUCUCUCUGUGUGGAGGACUCAACGACAACAGGGAGAUCACUCAAGAGCAGUUCCACGAGAAGAUCAUCUCUUACCAGCAGUUUUCGGAAAACCCCUCCAUCAUCGACGACCCCAACUUAGUCGUGAAAAUUGGCUCCAAAUACUAUAAUUGGAGCUCUGCGGCUCCCCUUAUGCUGGCCAUGCAAGCCUUUCAGAAACCGCUGCCAAAGGCUGCGGUGGAGAACAUCAUGAAGGAGAAGAUGCCCAAGAAAGGAGGGAGGUGGUGGUUCUCCUGGCGAGGCAGAAACAGCAGCACCAAAUCGGAUUCCGUCUCUGAGCGCGGGUCCGGUGGAUAUGCUGAGCAGGAUGGGACAAUGUCAAGCAGACACAAAGAGGAGUCGUCCUCCAGCGAUGAAGACCACGAGGCAGCCAUGCAGGGCUCUCCCACCAUCCAAUCAGAGCCUGGACUCAUACUAGGAGGCGUGUCUUAUAAGAAAACACUCCGUCUCACAUCAGAGCAGCUGCUGUCUCUCCAGCUGCAGGACGGUCCUAACGACGUUGUGUUUAGUGUGACCACUCAGUACCAGGGAACCUGUCGCUGUCAGGGAACCAUCUACCUCUGGAACUGGGACGACAAGAUAAUUAUCUCUGACAUAGAUGGAACCAUCACCAGGUCGGACACACUGGGUCACAUCCUGCCCACACUGGGGAAAGACUGGACCCACCAGGGCAUUGCAAACCUCUACCACAAAGUCAGCCAAAAUGGAUACAAGUUCCUUUACUGUUCGGCGCGAGCUAUCGGCAUGGCCGACAUGACCAGAGGUUACCUCCACUGGGUCAACGAGAGAGGCACCAUGCUUCCUAUUGGCCCCGUCCUCCUCAGCCCGAGCAGCCUCUUUUCAGCCCUGCACAGGGAGGUGAUUGAGAAGAAGCCAGAGAAAUUCAAAGUGGAGUGUCUCAAUGAUAUCAAGAACCUCUUCUACCCCAACACACAGCCGUUCUAUGCAGCGUUUGGCAACAGACCAACGGAUGUAUAUUCCUAUAAAGAAGUAGGAGUGCCACUGAACAGGAUUUUUACAGUAAACCCUAAAGGCGAGCUAGUGCAGGAGCACGCCAAGACCAACAUCUCAUCCUAUGUCCGUCUAGGUGAGGUGGUGGACCACGUGUUCCCUCUUAAGAUGCGAGCCUCAUCCUCAGACUUCCCAUGCUCGGACACCUACAGCCACUUCACCUACUGGAGGCAGCAGCUCCCCCGGGUGGAACAUCAGGGUACUACACCUCCACCGACUCCACAGACUCCCCAAAUCAGCAGCUGACCACCUGUGGCCUGCUGAAUGGCUGCUAGAAGGCGGGCUGAGCACUGAUGGCGGGAUGGUUAUGUGAUGUGUGAGAUAGGAAUUUGUAGGGAUUUUUUUUUGUAGAAGAAGAUGAAGCACUUUGAGGGCAAAGCAGAGAGCAGUUUAAGUGGGUUAAUCUGCUGUGAUUAUUUAAAACGCACAAGAUGGAUGUAAUAGCACUUUUAUGAAAAGAUGGCCUUUUGACUAUCUGUAUGUAUAUGAUAAUAAUUUAUUCAGGCAGCUUAGCACAUGUAUUCUUUUGAGUGAGUGUUGACAUCAUUUCAGUAGCUAGACGUUUCAAGCUAUUUAUGCAGAAAGAUGAAAACUGUAUUUCUCAAACUAUACCGAUUUUCAGAAGUGCAUCACACCUGAUAUCAAAUUUAUUUCCUUGCUCUGAACUUUUUCAUUCAAGACUGUUUCAGAUCCUCAAUCAGCAUGGUGUUGCAUAUAUAUAGAUAUAUCUAUAUAUCUAUAUAUACAUGUAGGCUGGAGCAACAGAUGUGAUAUGUAUUAUUCUGUCAGUAUUGGUUACAUAGUGUGGUAAAAUGUAUUACACAGCACAAUGAAUGAGCGGCGUCUAUGUAGCUUGACAUUAUUCUGACAGAGGGUACAUUAUAUAAUUGGUUUUGAAUUAAUAUUUAUUGUUGAGACAAAGUAAUGCUGACAGGAGAACAGAAAGCAAAACAUUUUUAUUUUUCUAUUGAAAUCACAGUGUGUUGAUGUUGUGAUCAGAAAGUGAUUUCUGUGGCGGCCUCAUGAAAUGAAUAUAUCCAGUUACAGUUCAUACAAUAAGUCUAUGUGACUGUUAGGUGCUCUCUAAGAUUUAUGCUCGGUUCCAUAAAUGCCAUUAGAUAUAGUUUGUUUAUUUAUCUGGUUACAUCUUGACUGAUAUAAAAUGUAGCUUACAUUAUAUGUCACCCAUUGGUUAUUUUUCUGCUGCCAUUCCCUUUUCAUAUCACUUAAACCAAGUAAGCGACAGUAUUAAAAGGAAUGUUUGACCUUUUUUUUCAAAGUAACAGACACUUGAAAAGUGAUCUUUGUAUCUAUACAAACACCACAUAUAACCUGAGGUCAUAUGCAGUAUAUGAGCAGGAGCUGCUGUCAUGGUAACCUGACGAAUUCAUCUGUAUUUUUAUUUUGAACCACCCGAACAGUGUCAUCAUAUUGAGUAAGCGUGUAGUUUAUGGAAGAGGAUGUGCAUAUAAUGCUUAAUUAUUCUUUCCAUGAAAGAGCUCAAAUAGCCUGAAAGCGUAUUAUCUUUGCCUUAACUGUGGACGAUAUGAUGAAUCAUUUGUUCAUUUAUUCCCUCCACUCCUUCUCCUGACCAGUUCACUGUUACAUGUAUGUGGGCAAAGUCAAUAAAAAAU